CGCUAACUUUCCAGUGGAAGUCGGACAGCUUUAGGGCUUGAACUCAACAACAAGCCGUCUCAGGCUGGCCGUCAGACAGUUGUUCUUUUCUCCUUCCUCCGCUCGGUUCUGUUCGGGGGGGUCCUCGGUGUCUUCUCGCCCCCCACCACAGUCACGGUGGGAGUGGGUGUGUCGACGCGGCCAGUGGAGCCUCGUCGCUGCUCGUGCGCGCUCUGAAAAAAGAGGAAAAAGUUGAUGAUGACUUUAGUGUGAACGCGGCCCGCCUCGCAGCAGGCGAACCCGUCUCGGAAUGGCAGUUUGGACCAGAGCGGACAAAAACGGGCAACUGGACCUUCUGCUCCGCGACCGCUGGAUCCGAGUGGCCGCCGAACUCACCCGAGAAACGCUGACUUUAACGGCCGAAGCGGAGGCAGCCGGACCGGGGGGGAACCACUGGGACUACGACAACUCGUCGGCGGGCCUGCGAAAUGGCAUGUCGAACGGAAACGACCCGGGAGCGAGUCCGGGGAACCCUGGCCGCGGUCCGAGCUCGGGUCCAGACCAACUCCAGAACCACAACCAGGGGGGUAGGGGACGCAGCGGCAGCCCGGGGCGCGGGGGUGUCAGUCGGGGUCAGCACGAAGGCAACUACGGUCCGAACAGCCCCGGGAAGUACCCGAAUAACGGCACCAACUCUGAAUUCGGAAGCCCCGGAUCCAGCUACGGCAGUCCCGGGUCCAGCUUCGGGUCGAGACAAGGCGACGUCCCCGUCAGCCUGGACGGCUCCUCGGAAGCGGUGCGGAAAGUCCGAGUUGUCAAACAGGAGUCUGGCGGGCUGGGGAUCAGUAUCAAAGGUGGGCGCGAGAACCGGAUGCCCAUACUCAUCUCCAAGAUCUUCCCCGGGCUCGCAGCCGACCAGAGCCGGGCUCUCCGGGUGGGCGACGCGAUCCUCUCGGUGAAUGGGAACGACCUCCGGGAGGCGACGCACGACCUGGCGGUCCAGGCGCUCAAGAAGGCGGGGAAAGAAGUAACGCUUGAGGUGAAGUACAUCCGCGAGGUUUCUCCACUCUUCAAGAAGCCGUCCCUGGUGGCCGACCUGCCGUGGGACGGCGUCCGCCCACAGUCGCCCAGCUACAGCGGCAGCGAGGACUCCGGGUCGCCCAAACACUGCGGCUCCUCCUCCUCCAAGGACAGAAAAGUGAUGAGCCUGAAGAUGUGCUUCAUCAGCAGGAACCUCACCAUGCCCGAUCUGGAGAACAGACUGUUGGAGCUGCACUCCCCGGACGGCCAGCACACGGUGGUGCUGCGCUGCAAAGACGGACCCACCGCCAACUCCUGGUUCACCGCCGUCCACACCAACAUUGCCGCUCUGCUGCCGCACACCCUGGCUCACAUCAACGCCUACCUGGGGGCCUCGUCUUCGGCCGCCGCGCACCCCCAUCUCAAACACAUCGGCUGGCUGGCCGAACAGGUCCAUCUGGAAGGUGGACGGCAGCAGUACAAGCCAGUGGUCAUGGCACUGACGGAGAAGGACAUCCUGCUCUUCGAAUCGGUGCCGUGGAGCAGAGAGUCCUGGUCCAUGCCUCUGCUCACACACCCGCUGCUAGCCACAAGACUGGUUCAUUCUGGGGGCACCCGGGGUUCUCCCGCCCAGGGUUCGGACCUGGUGUUCGCCACCCGGACGGGCACAGGGCGGGGCAUCGAGUCCCACAUCUUCCGAGUGGAGACCCACUGGGAUCUGUCGUCAUGGACACGAGCCCUCGUGCAGGGGGCACACGCUGCCGCUGAGCUCAUCAAAGAAGUCUCCAUCGGUUGCACGUUGAACAGGCAGGACGUCCGGCUCACGCUGCACUACGAGAAGGGCUUCACGGUGAUGAGGGAGCCGGUGGACCCAGCCGUGGGCGCCGUGCUGUACAGAUACCCCUACGAGAAGCUCAAGAUGUCCGCCGAUGACGGGAUACGCAACCUCUACCUUGACUUUGGGGGUCCAGAGGGAGAGAUGGUGUUUGACCUCCACUCGGGCCCAAAGCCGGUGGUGUUCGUGCUCCACUCCUUCCUGUCAGCCAAGCUCACCCGAAUGGGCCUUCUGACGUGAAACAACCAACUACGGCGGCCCUGAGGACAGGCGCGGCGAGGGGGGGGGGGAUUUUCAAUUUCCUUUUCUUUCUUUUUUUAAAUAGUACCAGUAGUACCAUUUCUCCAUUCCCAGCUGAAGCUGUGGGGCAGAUUUAACCCCCCCGAGUCAAACUGUUGAUUGUUUCAAAGAUUCCUCUUCCAACCUCCUCGGCUUCUUGCAAUCAUUUGUAAUGCGACAUUGGGGGAGGGUGUGGUGCUUUGCUUGAAGUCACAAAAAACUAAAAGUAUAAAAAAAAACCAAUUUCUGUAUGAGUACCUGAUAAGAUGUUAAAGACUUCAUAACCCGUGCACAUCAGGAAAGGACGCAUUUUUAGACGAUACACAGCACGCACAGACCAGGGAAUGCUCCCUGUUUGGACCUCUAUGCCUUUCAUUCCACGACAGCCUUCCAAUGUACUGUGUGUGUGUGUGUGUGUGUGUGUGAGUGUGUGAGAGACAGACACACACACUUCUGUCUGCUUGGUAGUGUGCCUGCUGUCUGACAGACUCACCUUUCUAGCACAUUAUCCCAAACUGCUGUUGUAAUCAGGAGUGCCAACUGUGCCUUUUGACAUGUAUUCCAACACACUCUUUGUAUCAUUUCCCUUUUUCUUCUCUUUUUCGCACGAUAGGAGAAUUGUAAGCUUUGGACGUGUGCAAGCAAUAGUAUUACUGUUCUAGUGUAAGCCACGCUACAUUGUUUAGUUUUUUUAAAGUGUGUGUCUCACGACAGCAUGACUUCCUGGCAUUGAACUCUGUGCGGGUUGAUGACACGUGACAUGACCUUGUGUUACCUCCCCCUCCUCGACCAACACUACCGUCUCAUUCCACUGCGCUCGAGGUUACUGGCUUCUUGUUACCGUCCCUACGGCGGCCUUUCUCUGGCUAAAGACUGUUACACGCACUGGUUUCAGGGUGGUAGCAUCGUGUGUGAGUGAUCUGUAACGGUCAAAUACGUCUCACCUCCCAUGAACAGCAGAGAGGUGACAGAACGGUGCGUUGGUCUUUUACUUCCAUUUAAUUCUCAUACAGCCAAUGACCGUUUGAGGAAAUCGCCCUUUCCUCAAUCAACUUGCUUCCUGUUGGAGCUUUCAGCCGCAUCUCACGGCCUCCGUUGUCAUGGAGAUGGCUAGGCUGUCAUCAGUAUGGAACUUCACUCACAUAGUAAGUGCACAUAUAUUGGGAGGCGUGGUCUCUGGUAGGAGGGGUGAAUGAUCCAGAUCCCAGUGUCCACAUUAACCAGUAAAUGGACCUUGAGUUCCCAAGCUCAAGAAGAAUGUGUUAUGCUCUUCAGAAAUACCAUUACAGACCAUCAAUACAGCCAUGUGCUUAUCUAUUUCACACCCAUAAAUUCUGAUUUUGCUUGCUGUCACUUGUGGGUUGAAGUCAGCUGACUGGUCUUCCCUCCAGUUGCUCCGUUCGGUCCAGUGCCUGAGGAUUCAACAUGACUGUAAUCAGCACAUUUUCAUAACGUUCAGUUGCUUCAUGGGCCUCCCUACCCUUCAGUGGAGCCUCUGGUGCACACAAUGUACCAUUGUGUCCACCGGCUGAGAACACGAUAUGCCCUCUGUCCUCGGAUACGGAACACAGGAACGACCUUCAUUCUGUUUCCGACUCUGACGUCCUUGUGAGGGCUUGAACAACUUCUUUUGCCUUCUUUUUUUUCUCUCUUCUUUGCGGGAGUGAAAAUGUGUCCCUGUGUCGUCGCUCCGGUCGAUAGAGCUCGAAAAGGAGAGGUGGGCUUUGCUUCCCCUAAGACGCUGUGUUCUGGGUUAUGUUGGGUCAGUGUUGUCCCUGUGUUGCACUCCACCCUCCUGCUUCUUCAUGUCAUGUCGAUCUCACUGCACAGAUCGGAUUGUCUUAAUUGGUCAGCCUUCUAGGAGCUGCAGGCCGUCCCUCGAUGCACUAUCUGUGAAUGUACUCCUCUUCUUCUCGAUGAUUAUGUUUCACCUCCUUUAUGAUCUGAGGCUAUCCUGUCUAUGCAAAGCAAUGCUUCAAAGAAGUUUCUUUCUUAUUUUUUAACCAAAGGUAAUAUCUGCGUCACACACAAUCAUUGAACUGAGUCACAACUGGAUGAAGCGCUGCUGCAACAACCUGUCAUAUGCAAAGUAUUUUAGACUUCCUUCCAAGAUCCCGUAUACAAUGUACGAUAACGAUGUAAUAAUCUCAUAUGUAAAUACCUACCAAUAAAACUGUUACAAAUCACAUGAA